CGACGAAUCAACCGUCGCGUCAUACCUCGCGUGGCCAACGGCUCUCUCCACCGACUGCUCGCGUCGCCCGUUGAAUUGACCGACUCAGCCUGUUCGCCUCACUUUAGGGAGAAAAUACGGAACAAACCAGUUCGGACUUCCUCAUUUAACACCGGUUAUAAAACACACACACACACACACACACUUCACCGGCCUCCCGUUUGCCUGACUGCGACGGUGGGGAGUGCUUUUCCUGGGCUCGCUGGCUGGGUUUGCUCGGGGAGGCAGCGGGGAGUAACGCUCACGGAGCUGGUCCCGAGUGAUGAUGGAGCUAGAGUCGGCCAGUAACAGAGGCGAACUGGGAGCCGUGGGGGACUCGCUGCAGCCACAGACUCCCAGCAGGCACGAAAAGAGCUUGGGACUGCUCACGACCAAGUUUGUGACUUUACUACAGGAGGCGAAGGACGGAGUGCUGGAUCUGAAAGCGGCUGCAGACACCUUGGCUGUGCGGCAGAAACGGAGAAUCUAUGACAUCACCAACGUGUUGGAGGGAAUUGGACUGAUUGAGAAGAAAUCCAAGAACAGCAUCCAAUGGAAGGGUGUAGGUCCAGGAUGUAACACCAGAGAGAUAGCCGAUAAGCUAAUUGAUCUGAAGGCCGAGCUAGAUGACCUGGCUCUCAGGGAGAAUGAGCUGGACCAGCAGAGAGUCUGGGUUCAGCAGAGCAUCAAGAAUGUAACGGAUGACUCUAACAACAGCCCUAUGGCAUAUAUCAAACAUGAAGACCUCUGUGGAGCUUUCAAAGGUGACACUCUGCUAGCAAUCCGGGCUCCCAUCGGCACACAACUAGAAGUCCCCAUACCGGAGUCUGUCCUCAACGGGCAGAGGAAAUACCAGAUCCGUCUCAAGAGCUCAUCUGGUGCCAUUGAGGUUUUGCUGGUCAAUAAAGACCCGUCCAGUGCUUCACCUGUUGUGUUGCCCGUGCCUCCUCCAGACGACAUCCUUCAAAACCUCCCAAUACCGACGCCUACCUCUCAGCCGCCCACGGCUGUCCCACAGUUCUCCAAAGCAGCUCCAGCAAUGGUUGCAAAACCUGUCCCUGCCACAAUAACAGCUGUAGCAGCCACCCCGACAGCCCCAAUGACAGACGUGACGAGCGCCGCGCCGCUCACCCCAACAUCAAACACACCUGCUGCUGCUACUACUCAGCAGCUGCAGUCUUCUGCCUCGUUGGAUGGAUCCGCGUCCUCUUCUGCGUCCACAGGGUUUCAACCAAUUAAGUCUGAGCCGUCUGAAUUGCUGGACUUUCCCAAAGAGCUCUCCGAAAUGUUUGAUCCAACAAAAGAGAUCAUCAGCGGAGACCUUCUGGAGGACUUGAUUUCAUCAGAAGUGUUCUCGCCUCUCCUCCGUCUGUCCCCCCCACCCAGCGACCACGACUACAUAUACAACCUGGAUGAGACAGAGGGCCUUUGUGACCUCUUCGACGUGCCCAUCCUCAAUCUCUGACCCCUCGAUGUCGGAGUGGGAAACGGCUCCCCAAACAUGCUAAUUCCCUUUUCCCUCCCAAGCGUUCCCCGCUCACUCGCUGAGUGGCGGCGCAGGAACGCCAAUUUGAGCUCAGACCUUUGCUCCGAGGACAGCCUUGUGAACACGUACCGGCAAGGAAGAAAACGUCUUACUUCCUGCUUUUCCAAGGAAGGUGAAAACAAAGUGAUAAAUAAUUAUAUUUUUAAAUGGCUAUGUAUGUCAAAGCAGUGCGUUUGGGUAACGGCUUCCCUGUGCGAGAGUGUGUGUGUGUGCGUGCGUGUGAGUUUUGUAUUGAAUGCUCUCUUAACUUGAGUCCGAUGUCUCUAGAGGGGGUAAAAAUGGAGAACCCCAUUUUUUAUCAGGUAUCUAGUCCCAGCAGACUAACGGAGCACAGCCCUUGUCACAUGGCAGCUGCUUAUGCAUGGCUGGAACGAGUCCAAACACGGCUGGUUAAAUAUGCACUGCCCUUAUGUACAUAGAGAAUAUAUAUUUUGAAUUACCAGCACACAAGUGUGUAAUAAUGAACUUCAUUUGUAACUAAGGCAGAUCAAUGGUCUGUAAAUAAAGAAAGGUCCCGAUAUUCUAAUACCCGUACCAUAUGUAUGGCGUGCUAUGUUAAGUCUCAAACCCUUCAGUGUGUUUGUGAACCAUUUACAGAAAGCGGAAAGCCAAUAAAAUAUGUGACAAAGGGCCACGGACCAAAACUAGAGGUCUUUCUCAAUUCUACAGUACUACUUGUUUUAUUUUUUUAUUUACAUGGACACUGUCGAGGUCAACGUGGUGCUCAUUAAAAUUAAAUAAUGUGUCUGCCACGUCUCCACUGAUCAUGAAUUAUAGCCCAGCUUUCCUUUUUAUUUUGCCUCUGUACUUUUGGACCUUGCUAUUUUUAUUGCCUCUGGUUAUUCUAAAACCUAACUGAAGCACAUCAAAGGAAAAACCCUACCCCCCCCCCCUCCCCUCUCUAAAAAGACUUCUGUUUCUUUUGUAUUUUAAUUCUGUAUGUAAAUGAUUACCAUUGUACUCAGUUCAUGUUCAUGGAAAGGGACUUUUAUGUAUUUUUACUAAGCAAAUAUGGUCACGAAGUCACUGACAACGCACGUGUUUUUGCUUGUUUGUAUAUUUGGUAAAGAUCCCUAUUCAGUAGUUUAUUCCAAGUUCUUUCCGCUUCUCGUAUAAAACCGCCUGUCACUGACUGUCAGUGAAGUUAUUUGACUCGAAUCCUUCUCCCUCUGCAGGGGGAAGGUGAGUAGCAGUUCAGGACGAGUCGUCGUCAAACCGUUAAAGCUCGUCCGAUAUUAACAUCCUUCAUGUUUCUACAUGGCUUCUUCACUUUGCGUGAUAUUGUCCUGUUUUGCCCCAGAUUUAAGUGUAUGUAAAGUAUGUGCUGUUUAUAUCCAUCGCUACCGCUUGUAUAGGAUAGCCUUUAUUUUUUUAUACCCGAUAGAUAUAUUACUACUGCUACGUAUUUGGGGCUUCACUUAAUGGUGUUUGGAAUUCCUCCACAAAACCCUCUGCUUUGUCAAACUGUCUUGUCUCUUUGUUGCACUUUACAUCACUGUGGACCGAUUGGUUGUUUUCUCAACCGCAGCCGAUCAGUAACGAGUCAUCAUGUUUGGGCAGUGUUACGAGUUUCUUCAGUAGAGAAGCCUGGCAGUAUUGUUUGGAAUGAAGCGAGACUGGAACGGCUUGAGAGAGUCUGCCUACACUGUUUUUACCAAAUUCACAAUUUGCUAAGCUAUAGUUGCAUCAAAUGAAAUAAAAUAAACGCUUUGGUAUUCCUGAA